AUGAGAACCUUGCUGACUGAGGAGACACUCAAGGUGCCCAAGGGCGUCAAAAUCUCCAUCAAGUCCAAGCAGGUGGAGGUCAAGGGCAAGCAUGGCGACCUGAAGCGAGACUUCAAGCACUUGCCCAUCGAGCUGUUCCUUGCAGAUGGCGGCAAGAAGGUCGUGGCACGGAUGUACUUCGCAAAGUCCAAGCAGUGCUCCAUGCUGAACACGGUCUGCAGCCACAUCAGCAACCUCUUCGAGGGCGUGCAGAAGAAGUUCGAAUACAAGUUGCGUUUGGUCUACGCGCACUUUCCCAUCAACGUCAACAUCAUCAAUGGCGGAAAGACGAUCGAGAUCCGCAACUUUUUGGGCGAGAAGGUUGUGCGAACGGUGCACAUGCUGCCUGGUGUGACUGUGGAGAAGAGCUCCUCCACCAAGGACGAGAUUGUGGUGUCCGGCACCGACAUCGAGCUUUGCGGCCGCUCUUCGGCGCUGAUCCAUCAGUCCUGCCUGUGCAAGAAGAAGGAUAUCCGAAAGUUCUUGGACGGCAUCUACGUCAGCUCCCAUGGUGUCAAGGAGGAAUGA